CAGGUGAAGCUGGUCAACAUCCGCAACGAUGACAUUGCCGAUGGCAACCCCAAGCUGACGCUGGGGCUCAUCUGGACCAUCAUUCUCCACUUCCAGAUCUCGGACAUCCAGGUGACGGGGCAGUCGGAGGACAUGACGGCCAAGGAGAAGCUGCUGCUCUGGUCCCAGCGGAUGGUGGAGGACUACCAGGGCCUGCGCUGCGACAACUUCACCACCAGCUGGCGGGACGGGCGCCUCUUCAACGCCAUCAUCCACCGGCACAAGCCCAUGCUGAUCGACAUGAACCAGGUGUACCGCCAGAGCAACCUGGAGAACCUGGACCAGGCCUUCACCGUGGCCGAGCGGGACCUGGGGGUGACGCGCCUGCUGGACCCCGAAGACGUGGACGUUCCCCAGCCGGACGAGAAGUCCAUCAUCACCUACGUCUCCUCGCUCUACGACGCCAUGCCCCGCGUGCCCGAGGUGCAGGACGGCGUCAAGGCCAACGAGCUGCAGCUGCGCUGGCAGGAGUACUACGAGGUGGUGACGCUGCUGCUGCAGUGGAUCCGCCAGCACACCGUCCUCUUCGAGGAGCGCCGCUUCCCCGCCAGCUACGAGGAGAUCGAGGUGAGGGAGCCGGGACGGCUGGAGCGGCUGCAGCGCAUCGUCAGCAAGCUGCAGAUGGAGUCGGGGCUCUGCGAGGAGCAGCUCAACCAGGCUGACACCCUGCUGCAGUCGGAUGUCCGACUGCUGAACGCGGGGAAGCCGCCGCAGAAGGCGGCCGAGAUCGAACGGGACCUGGACAAGGCAGACGCCAUGAUCCGGCUGCUCUUCAACGACGUGCAGACCCUCAAGGACGGCCGGCACCCGCAAGGGGAGCAGAUGUACCGCAGGGUGUACCCCCUGCACGCGCGACUGGUGUGCAUAUGUGCGGGGAGGAGGAUGCCGGGCAUGGGGGGGACGUGUGGGGAGCAGGGUGCGAACACGGCCUGUCCCUGCGCCCGUCCCCAGAACUCCUCCAAGUCCCGGCUGCGGCACCUGGAGAGCCUCCACGGCUUCGUCAGCGCCGCCACCAAGGAGCUGAUGUGGCUGAACGAGAAGGAGGAGGAGGAGGUGAACUUCGACUGGAGCGACCGCAACCCCAACAUGACGGCCAAGAAGGAGAACUACUCGCUGAGCACCCCCAGCCCCUUAACCCUGCUUCUGCCGCAUCUGCUGCUGCGCUUGCACACCUAUUGA